AUGCAGUCCCGGGCCUACUCCAAGUUCCCCAAGGAACCAUCUAUCGGAAUUGAAUUCGAUCCCGGUGAAAGCGAUUUAACCAAUGACGAAGAUGGGGAACAAGAGGCAUUUAAGAAUUAUUUGACAAAGUGGGGGAAGAGGUUAAAGAGAGGUAAGAUAACUGCAGAUCGCUGGGACGCGGCGUUUGAGAAAUGGAGGAAAAUGCCUCAUGAAGCUCGAAUUCGUAUGGGAGCUGCGAAAUCAUCUGAGAAGUGA